UGCAAGUGAACAGCUGGACGAUUGUAGCCUAAACGGAACAGGUGUUUGCAUUCAUCCCCUUUUUCAUGCCCAGAUCUGGGUGCCUAAUUAUACGAUCAGGGCGGGCGAAUCUACAGAAAUCUAUUGUUUUUUCUUUCCUGGGAAUUCCGUUCUGUGUUUUAUCAUGGGCAGAGAAUCAAGAAUUCGGUGAAAUAUCAACAAUAGAUUUGAAAGAACGUUCUUACUAUGACUAGCACCACAACAAACAGUACAUCUGACAAUGAUGCCAAUAACAACAGUUCCACAACGACGGCCUCGGUCAACCCAUUCCAGAUUCAAGCAAAGGCUUCGCGAUGGCACAAAACAGCCGUUCACAAUUCGGUUGAACAGGCUGAAAGAAAGAUUCCCCAAUUCGUAUUCGAUCCAGACAGCGCUCUUAUCUUUUACUGGACGGCUGUUGUCGCGAUGGCUACUCUGUACAAUGCUUGGACGAUAGCCCUUCGCAUCGCUUUCCCUGAAAUUCGUCAGGUGAAUUCAUCUUCGUACUUGCCAUAUGUAGAUAUCCUAUGUGACUUAAUUUACUUUGUGGACAUAGUGUUCCAAUUACGCACAGCCUAUUUACAAGACGGGAUUCCGGUCUUCGAUCCUAGUAAAAUCCGUCAACAUUACAUGAGUCAGACAUACUUCAUUCAAGAUGUGAUCUCCGUAUUGCCUAGUCAAACCAUUUGUUCUCUUUUACCAGAUUUCUUUGGAUGCUGUAAAUAUUUCUUGUGCACAGCUGGAGGAGCUAGCCUCAACAAACUCAUGAAAUUCCACAUUUUGUAUAAAUUUUACGACCUAGCAGAGAGUUUUACUAGCAAUCCUCAUUUGAUACGGGUUCUGAGACUUUUCCUCAACUUAGCAAUCAUCAUACAUUGGAUAGCUUGCUCCUAUUAUCUACUUUCUGAGUUUGAAGGACUUGGGAGCAAUGAAUGGGUCUACACGAAUUCAACAGAACAGCAACGAUUUUUUCGGAAAUAUAUUGUAUGUUUGUAUUGGUCUGCGAUGACUCUCACUACAAUAGGUGACACAAAUACACCUGAGACUGAUCUGGAGUACAUAUUUACCGGUCUUAUCUUCAUGAUUGGUGUGUUCGUUUUUGCCACUGUUAUGGGAAAUGUGGGAGACGUCAUUUCCAGUAUGAAUGCCAACAGGCAAGAAUUUCAAGCCAGAAUGGAUCACAUCCAGAUGUAUCUGACACAUAAGAAAGUUCCUGCUUCUCUUCAACUUAAGAUUAAGAAAUGGGCCGAAUACACCUGGACCAGGACCAAAGCAACUGAUGAGUCUCGGCUUUUAAAUAUGCUGCCAGAGAGGCUUCGGGCAGAAGUGGCAGUCCAUGUCCAUCUCGACAGUUUAAAAAAAGUGAAAAUUUUCGAGCAAUGCGAGACCGGCUUUCUUUGCGAACUUGUUUUAAAACUGAGAUCUCAAGUAUUUUCGCCAGGAGACUAUGUUUGCAGAGUUGGAGAGACAGGUCGAGAAAUGUUUAUAAUAAAUCAUGGGAAGGUUGAGGUUAUCGUAAACAAUCCAGGAACGUCAAAGCCAAUGGUCGUGGCCGUUUUGAGCGAAGGAAAUUACUUCGGCGAAAUCAGUCUUCUACGCUUGGACGGAGUACAAAAUAGUUCCUUUUUCAACAGACGUACUGCAGACGUUAGGUCCAUCGGAUACUCCGAGCUGCUGUGCCUCUCCAGGAGGGACCUCAUGGCGGCUUUAGUGGAGUAUCCUGAAGCUAAAUCUGUCUUGGAAGACCAAGCGAAGAAACGAAUGAAGACAAAUCUGCAAGCUCAGCGAGCUUUCAGUGUGGAUGCGCUUCUGAGGAACUCCCAGGAGCACUCUUCCGUGGAUAGCGGAAUAGUCAAGGAUGAAGAAAGAGGACAAGAAGUGUCUGAAAUAAAGGCCAUGAUUGAAGAACUAAAGAAUGCAAACAAGGUUCCUGGUCGAACUGUUUGGCAACUCAUUGCUAGGUGUGAAGUUCUCCAAGCCAAGUUAGGCGAAAAAGAAAAAGAAGUCGAAGAUUCAAAAUUUAGAAUUAGAGAACUGGAGCAACUUUUGUUUUCCAACCACUAUCCAAAAUACUCCCAAGAAACUGGUAAAGAUUCGGAGUUGCAACCCGAGAAACUAAUUCGAACAGGACACAAAGUGGUCAAACAAUACUCACAAGAUGAAGGCAGAAGAGUCUUUGAGGAAGCCUCCAACGAUUCAAAUGCAGAUUCAGCAAAGACUGAAGCUGCACCAAUACCACAUGUAAAAAUCACAAAACCUGCUUCUGAAGCAGGUGAUGAUGGACAAGACGAAUCGGAUGUGAACGAUUUUUUCGUUAAUAAUAAUUUCAUUAAAACUUCAAAGAUUACGAAUAUUUACGAGAAAGGAUCUAACAACGAUAUUCGUAAACGAACUAGAUCAGAUCCGACUUCCAGUUUUACAGAUGGAGGUAGUUCUGGAGCUAUGUCCUCUGAAGGUCACAGAGAAAUUAAUAAAGACAAGUACAUUAAGACAUUUAAGGUGCUUUCAGAGAAAACUUGGGACAUUGAUCCAACUUUAGACUAUAACUUCUCCAAUGAAACUCUUAUCAAUCACGAUAUCACAUUAGAUGAUGAUGAAAUUAUCUUAUCCACUAGAUUCAAAGAUGAAUUUUGCCUCUCGGAUUCUUCCCUUGAUUUGAAUGUGCACACUAUUCCGGAAGAAACUGAAGAGGAAGUAAAUGAAAACGAUGUCGCUUCUUGUUCCGCAAAUGAAAAUCAAGAGGCAUCUUUUCCAAAGAAUCGUCACUAUCUGUCCAGAGAUUCAAAAACUGAAGAUGAUUCUAUGACCUUUCAUGAAGACAAAAAUUGUACAGGCCAAGUCCCGCGAACUUGCUCUGUAGAUAAUUUGCCAUCAGAAGCAAUUAAACAAGGACAACUUCUUACUCCUGAAGAGACUUCUGGUACACAAGGCAUGAAACGCCUGCAAUCUGCUCCUGGAGCGCUGCUUCAGAUGGAUACUCUUCGAUCAGGUGAAGCCAUCGACUUUCUGAGGAUGGCUUCCAUGAGCAGCGGUUUCUCUUAUUCAGAUGACACAAGUUCCAGGAAAAAUAGUUGGACAUGGGGAUCUGAAGGUGAUACUGAUGAUGAAUAUGCAUCCAGUUGAUGUUUCAAGCUAAUCAGAGAAAUCAUUAUAUCAGAAGAGCAUAGUUUCAUCUCUUUUUUUGACUGAUAUAUAUACAUACAUAGUGAUAUCUAAAGUUCAUUUGAAGAGUAAUUCUUAUUAAAGGAUUUUUAAGAUUUUAAUGAAGAAAAAUACCAAGGUGCUUAAAGGUGUAAUGGUGUGUUCUUGUCUUACUGAAAUAAUGAUGUACAUCAUUUACAAUUUGUACAGUAAGGAAAUAAAAUGUAUUUUGA